AAUGUAUAAUGUAUGAGUGUAGGGUUUGGGAGGGAUUUAGGAUGCAUGUUUAUUUAAGAUAUAUGUUUUUGAAGCAACUGGCAACCCGGCUACAGGCUUGUACAGCAUCCUGAAUCUCUGAUCAGACAUCCUCUGAUCCAUUUGAAUCUCUUGAUUUGUGCACUUGAGCCGCAGCCCUGCAUCCCAAAAAGGAAGACGAUUAUUUCACCAUGAACUCUGAUGUGGAUGGUGACCUGGAAAAUCAGGUGGAGUUGGAGGAGAAAACGAGGCUCAUAAACCAGGUGCUGGAGCUGCAGAACACUCUCGAGGAUCUCUCGGCACGAGUGGACGCCGUGAAAGAGGAAAACCUCAAGCUCAAGUCCGAGAACCAAGUUCUGGGUCAGUACAUCGAGAACCUCAUGUCUGCCUCCAGCGUCUUUCAGACCACUGACUCCAAAAGCAAACGGAAGUAAGGGAGGAUUCCUGACCUCCUCCUGGCAUCUGGAAUCCAUUAACUCUCCGCCAUGGUGGCCCAUGUUUACUUUAUUCACUCUUUAAUUUUAUCCACUUAGACGUUAUAUAACAUACCACUGUUACUUAUGUUUACAGCACUGCUUUUUAUCUGCUCCUAAUAUCACAUGACUAAAAACAUCCUAUUAAUUCAUGAAGCUGUUGUAUUCUAUGACAAUAGGAGUUUAUUAAGGAUCAUGGAUAUAUAUUUUUUCAUUUUAUAUUAUAAUUUUUGCCUUAUGUUAGGGCAGGGUAUUAAAAUAUUCAGUGCUAAAUAGUUCCAUUAAUUUACUGAUGGCAUUCAUUUGUGGUUCAUUUUGUUACUAUUUCAUGUUGUAUUUAUUUAAUUUUUAUUUUUUAGCUAUUUUAGUUAUUAUUUUAGACAACACAGGAGUGAUGAAUGUGCCUGUGAAACUGCUGUGUGCCACCACGUGUUUUAGGUAACCUGAUAAAUUAGGUGAGUUAUUCAGGUGCUUCUGUUCAGGGAAAUAACAUUUCUGAUCUCCUGGUGCUUUUCACUAAGGAGUUUUAACAGGCCUCCAUUACAGCUGUGUACAUGCACAACAUUCCUGAGCUGUAUUUAAAGUUUGUGUAAUAGCAUUUAACCUUUGUUUGGUCUUAUUAGUGCCUGUUUUAAUAAAUAUGUUUUCAUUUGA